ACUGAAACAAGAAGAAAAAGAAGAAGAAGACGAGGCCCUACAGGGGAGAGAGGAACAAACUGAAAACAGCAGUACAGAAAGCAAAGUAAAGUUUCACUGUAAAGAACCUCCCGGGUGAAAAUGGAAAGAUAACACGCAGCUAUCUGAUUAGGCAAACACAUAUGUACGAACACGCCGCACUGACUGUGGGGGGAGGACGUGCCUAAAGCGUCGCCAUCUUGGUACAGUACCAGCAGAGGCGGCGGCGCAUGUAAACCAACGAAGGAAAGAGCAGACGCGCUCCUGAAAUAAACUUAAAAGAUGCCGGACUUCUGUGCUGCAUAUGGAUGCUCUAAUGAGAGGAGCAUAUCAACCAAGUCUCGUGGCAUCACUUUUCACAGGUUUCCCAAAGACAGUAUUUUGAGGAGACAAUGGGAACAGGCAGUGCAACGAAAAGAUUUUGUGGCAACUGCCAGGUCGUUGCUCUGCAGCCAACACUUCAAGCCAGAGGAGUUUGACAUGACGGGGCAAACUGUCCGUCUGAGACAUGGAGUCACACCGUCCGUCUUCAACUUCCCAUCUCAUUUACGAAAGGAAGUUGCAUCAACGACAACUAUGGCUUCGAUAAAAGCAGAAGAGAGCCUGCCAGUGGACGUGCCUCAGUAUUCAUGUGACACUCAACCUCAUUCUAAUGUCGACCACAAUUAUGCUUUGCCUGCCUCUCCCACUGCUCUAAAGGCCAGACUGGGAGCAGCUCUGGCUAGAGUGGAGAGUCUGGAGCGCGAGAAAAGAAACGGCAUGAUCCGGGAGCGAAGGGCGAGGAAGAAUGUGCACACGCUUCUAGAGGAUCUGAGGGAGAAAAAUCUUAUAAAUGAAGAGCUGAAAGACAGACUCAAAUGCUUCUCAGAUCUCUUGGCGAAGAAGAAAAGAAAGAGCCGAAGAAGAGCAAUGAGUCCACCGGAGAGCAGAGGGAGUUUGCCGUCGCACUGCACCUUCACGGUCCAAAGGCAUAUGGUUUCCUGAGAGAGUCUCAGCAUCUUCCUCUUCUGCGUCCCCGUACAUGACAAUGAUAUUCUAUAUGUUGCCUGAUUGUUAAAUGCAUUGUGAAGGACUGAGCUGGCAGGCAAAUUCUGAAAAGUGGGUUUUCUACGUCCAAAAAAACUUGCGAGAAGAAUAUAUUUCAACAAAAGCAUAACAAAAAUAUAGGCCCAUAAAAAGAGGUAAACUUAGCAAAACUGUGCUUAAGAAUUCAAACUUUACAGUAAAUUAACUGAACAGCCAAAAUGGACCAGCAUCAGGGAACAAAGGUCUCUUCUGUGUCCUGCAGCCUGCAACAAAGUCAACUCAUUUAUUCGAACAGGCCUUCUCAGUUCCACUGGAGAGAUGAGGGAGUUUCUAUUUACUGUCAUUUAAAUAUACUUAUAUGUUUGUAUAUAUAUAUAUAUAUAUAUAUAUAUAUAUAUAUAUAUAUAUAUAUAUAUAUAUAUAUGAAUU